GGAGAGCGCGCCUUGGCCUCGCGCACCGGAGAUUGCAGGCUGGAAGUAGUAAAGGAACUAAGAACGCGCAUGAGACAAAGUGAAUCGGACGGUGCGGGCUGACAGCUGUGGUGACGUCAGCGGCGCACGGCAGGGAUUUGCACUUUGACAGGAAGAGGACCUGUCACCACCGCUUCAGGCUGAGGAGGUGGAUUAUCUAUCACAACCAGCACAGCAACAAUGGAUGACAAGAGGUUCAGUGAACUGCCAGAAUCUGCAUCCAUAAUAAACAGUGAAGACUUUGUCUUGGUUCCGUUGCAAGGCGACAUUUCUUCUAAUCCAGAGGACAAACCGCAACUUAAGAUCAUGUCAAAUGGAGAUGAGCAACUGGAAAAAGCCAUGGAAGAGAUUCUCAGGGAUUCCGAAAAAGCACAAAUCAGCAUUGGAAGAGUAGUUGAAAAUCCUGCUAAUAUCCUUUCUGAAAGAGAGGCUCAUAGUUCACCUUUUACCUUAAUCCUGGACCCCACAAAUACAGAAGUUCCAGUUCUAAACUCGGCUCCACACUUACCCAAUCCUGCAGAGGAGGACAGUGUUUUAUUUCACAAACUAUCCUAUUUAGGAUGCAUGAGCGUUUCAGCUCCACGGAAUGAACAAGAGGCUCUCCGUGCCAUGGCUUCCAUGAGAGCGAGCUGUGUGGCACCAAUUCCUGUUACACUGUUUGUUCCUAAUGUUACAGAAGGUUCCGUCAGAAUAAUUGAUCAAACCAAAAAUGCUGAAAUAGCCUCAUUUCCAAUAUACAAAGUGUUGUUCUGUGUUCGUGGACAGGAUGGGACUUCUGAAGACAAUUGCUUUGCAUUUACAGAAAGGGACACAAGCACUGAUGAAUUUCAAAUCCAUGUUUUCAGCUGUGAGAUCAAAGAGGCAGUCAGUCGAAUAUUAUACAGUUUUUUUACGGCAUUCAAACGCUCAUCCAAACAAGCAUCAGAUGUUAAAGACUGUGCUUUACCCAGUCCAGACAAUGAUGUGUUCACUUUCACAGUUACUUUAGAAGUCAAAGAAGAUGACAGUAAAGGAAAUUUCAGUGCGGUACCAAAGGAUCGCGAUAAAUUCUUUUUUAAACUGAAGCAGGGAGUUGAAAAGAAGGUUGUGAUCACCAUCCAGCAAGUGGCAAACAAGGAAUUAGGAGUAGAAAGAUGCUUUGGAAUGUUGCUUAGUCCAGGAAGGAAUGUGAAGAACAGUGAUAUGCAUCUGUUAGAUAUGGAAUCCAUGGGGAAAAGUAGUGAUGGAAAAGCUUAUGUGAUCACAGGAAUCUGGAACCCUAAUGCACCAGCCUUUCAAGCCCUCAAUGAAGAAACACCCAAAGAUAAAAGGGUGUUCAUGACUGUCGCAGUAGAUAUGGUGGUGAUUGAAGUGGUAGAACCAGUCCGAUUCUUAUUGGAAACAGUUGUGCGUGUAUAUCCUACGAAUGAGCGUUUUUGGUACUUCAGUAGGAAGACAUUCACUGAGACCUUUUACUUAAAGCUCAAGCCGUCUGGAAGUAAAGGUACUGGGGAUUCAAUCUAUGAGGUUUUGAGCCUUCAGCGGCAGUCUGAGAUAGAAGAAGCUCCUUCCAGUCCAGUGUGUGCCAGUGGUCUACUGUCUCCAGAGGAUGAAGAACCAGAGGAAGAAAGCGAUAAUGAACUCUGGAGUGGAACUGGAGAUGUGUCUAAAGAUUGUCCCGAAAACAUUCUGGAUUCCUGGGGUCAAUUACUCAAUAAAUGGCACAGUAAUCUAAGCGUAAGGCCCAAGGGACUGUCUUCAUUGGUGAAGAGAGGGGUACCUGAAGCACUAAGGGCAGAAGUAUGGCAAUUACUUGCUGGUUGUCAUGAAAACCAGGAAAUGCUGGAGAAGUACAAGACACUCAUCAUAAAGGACUCCGUGCAAGAGAGCGUCAUUAAGAGGGACGUCCAUCGUACAUUUCCAGCUCAUGAUUAUUUCAAAGACACUCAGGGAGACGGACAGGAUUCUCUAUUUAGAAUCUGUAAGGCAUACUCCUUAUAUGACCAGGACAUUGGAUAUUGCCAGGGACAAAGCUUCUUAGCAGCAGUGCUUCUUUUGCAUAUGCCAGAGGAGCAAGCAUUCUGUGUGUUGGUUAGGAUCAUGUAUGAUUACCAGUUCCGCAACCUCUAUAAGAACAACUUCGAAGAUUUGCAUUGCAAGUUUUACCAGCUAGAGAGACUUAUGCAGGAACAGCUUCCAGACCUGUAUUCACAUUUCAUGGCUUUGAACCUAGAAGCGCACAUGUACGCCUCCCAAUGGUUUCUCAGUCUGUUCACAGCCAAAUUUCCACUUUGCAUGGUAUUCCACAUCAUGGACCUACUUCUUUCAGAGGGCUUGUGUAUCAUCUUUCACGUAGCAUUGGCUCUUUUAAAGACUUCCAAAGAAGAUCUUCUACAAGCAGAUUUUGAAGGGGCUUUAAAGUUUUUCCGGGUUCAGCUACCGAAACGCUACCGAGCAGAGGAGAAUGCCCGUAGGUUAAUGGAACAAGCUUGCAACAUAAAGGUUCCAACAAAGAAACUGAAAAAAUAUGAGAAGGAUUACCUGGCUAUGAGAGAGAGCCAACUGCAACAGGAAGACCCUAUAGAGAGAUAUAAGAGAGAAAAUCGGAGACUGCAGGAGACCAGCAUGAGGCUAGAACAGGAAAAUGAUGACCUGGCUCACGAACUGGUCACUAGCAAAAUUGCCCUGCGCAAUGAUUUGGAUCAGGCGGAGGACAAAGCUGAAGUAUUGAAUAAGGAGCUUCUGCUAACUAAGCAGAGGUUGGUUGAGGCCGAGGAAGAGAAACGCAAACAGGAAGAAGAGACAGCCCAGCUUAAGGAAGUUUUCCGGAAACAGUUGGAAAAGGCUGAAUUAGAAAUCAAGAAAACUACAGCUAUCAUAGCAGAGUAUAAACAGAUUUGUUCUCAACUGAGCACACGGCUCGAGAAGCAACAAACUACAAGCAGAGAGGAACUUGAGAUGGUCAAGGCCAGAGUAAUGUCCUGCAGCCACUGCAGUGAGAUUUUCAGCAAGGAAGGGGUCCUACAGACUGGUAGCUCAGGCAAAGACAAAUCAGCUGAUGGAGCAGAUGAUGAGAAGGAAUCUAUCAUGAAACAUCUGCGAGAAAUGGAGCUGGACCUGGCACAAACCAAACUGCAGCUUGUGGAGGCCAAAUGCAAAAUCCAGGAACUGGAGCAUCAGAGAGGGGCACUUCUCAGUGAAAUCCAGGCUGCCAAAAACUCCUGGUUUAGCAAAACUCUGAACUCUAUUAAAACGGCUACAAGUUCACAGCCCACCGCACAGCCCCCGCAAGGAGCACAGCCUUCCAGCCCAGUCCUGCAGGGGCCUAAAGAGAGCACAUAGCACCUUAAUGACGCACUGAACAAGAGCACAAGAUGACCAGGAAGCAAACCGAACAAGAGGAGGACAGUUGCCGACGUUACGACUUCUUAUGAUUAAGAUCACCUAUUGGUUUCUGUUGUCACAGAUGUGUCCUACAGGAUUCAAACCUCUUGUCAAGUCUUCUGGCAAAGCCUCCUGAAAAAUGUUUUGGAUCUUUUCUUUGGAGAGUGGACACUUUAAUUAUUAUUUCUCUAAUAAGACUUGCAUUAUUUUACUAUUUCAGAGCCGUGGGGCUCUUGCUAGCAGGCUAAUUUGUACUGGCACCAUUACCUAGCUUAUCUCAUGGAAGUAAGAUUAUUGUGCGUUUUGUAAGUAUACAUCUGCUGGAGUGAUCAUAAAGUUUCUUUAUAUAAAUAUUUCUUUAUUACAUAUUUGAUGGAAAAUUUUAACAUAUUUGCUGCCUAUGAAAGUGCUAAACUUUCUUUUUUUGACUUUUUUUAAGCUUUUUCUGUCAUUGAGAUUUACUUGGACCUGCAGUGUUGUAUGAAACCUGCAAAAACUUUAUUAAUUAGUCACCAGGACAUAAAAAAUAUGUCACUAUAUUUACUGCUUAAUAAAAAGUCAUUGGUGCA